CCAAAGGACGGUGAUCAUCACUUUCAAAAGUAGGUCAAGAAGCAAAAUGAAAUAGAAAACGCCACACCCAAUUUUUCGUUGACCAUAAAAACCCGUCCGAAGGUAACAGAAGACAUCAGUUGUUCAAUUCCUCUCAACAGCACUCAACAUGAAACUAUUCGUCAUCGCCGCUUUCUUGGCCGUCGCUACCGCUGCACCUUCCAGCUACAAGCCGGAAUACAAAGCUCCCAGCUACUCUGAACCAAGCUACUCCACACCAAGCUACCCCGCACCAGCCUACCCCGCAGCAGCCUACAACAAGGAUAACAAAUACGCCGACAUUACCAUCACCAGCCAAUCUGAUGAGCGCAACCUCGAUGGCAGCAGCCAGUGGAGCUACGCCCAGUCUGAUUACACCACUCGCGAAGAGUCUCAGGCUCAGAAGAAGAUGGAAGGAGUCACUUACGAUUCUUACGGCAAAGAAUCGUACGGUGAAGUCCUAGGCAACACCAACAAGGGAUCCUCUUAUUGGGUUUCUCCUGAAGGCGAGAAAUUCACUUUGACCUGGACCGCUGAUGAUGCUGGAUUCCAGCCCAAAGGUGACCACUUGCCCGUCGCUCCCGUCCAUGAAUACGAGCUCCCAGUUGCUCCCGUCCACGAAUACGAACUCCCGGUCGCCCCAGCUCUUCCUUAUUCCCGCACAGGUCCCGGUUAUUAAGAUACAAACGUUUCGUUAAACAGUACUGAAGAAAAAUGUGUCCGGCACGAAAUAUGCAAGUUUAACUUAUUCAUGACAAAUGUACGCAAUAAAAAAUAUU